GGCGCACGGUUGAAUAGUGGCCUAGCCCUCACCGCUAUUUGCAGAACAAUACAGGCUUGAUGUGCGCAUGCCAGUGGGAAAGCGCGGGAGGGAAAACGCGCGAACAGUACGACCGCGCCAGUCUAGGCCCGCGAGCGCGAUCGGCCGCGCGGCGAACCAGCCAGCCACGCCUGCGCCCUGGCGCACGACGUACGCCGCGCUCGACGCGGCGUCACGUUUUCCGAAUCGACCGUAGAUAACACAGCCACCGUGACUGAAUUUCAGUGUCAAAAGGUGCGCGUCCGCGAGUUCUACAUCGCGAUGCAGCGUUGCCCCUACAUCCACGAGAUGAAGGAGCGGCUGCUGGGCGCGCCAGUCGACGGAGUAGAGCGCGAUCAGCGCACACAACACGAGCCGGUCCCCGACCCACAGGUCGGCACUAUCGUCAAACUGAAUUCCGACGGGUACGGUUCACAUACGUCGCCGGCGCGUGCGCCUCUCGUCGCUGACGAGUGCGAGGCGCCGGCGGACGAAACAGAUGCCCUCACCCCUACCGAAGCAGUGCUUCGGUACCGCGCCUGCUGUCAACCUGACACCAAACCUAAAAAUGCCAAAACCUCGCUGUUCAUCAUUUCAAGUUUCAUCUACGCGAAACUUCUGGUGGUCGUGUGUAUUGCAUAUGUUGUCAGUGAUGUGAUUACACAUAACUUGCCGCUUUACUACUAUGAAGGAUUUUUCACAUAUUUAUAUGGCAUGAGUAUAUUAUUCUUGCUAUAUGUGUUCUGCUUUCUUUUACAAGAAAGCGCAUGCUGCAACGGAAGUCCUCCAAAACCCAAACCUCCUCCAAAAGAAAAGAAACCGAAGAAAGAAAAAGAAAAGAAGACCAAAGACAAAGAGGGUAAAGACGGUAAAGAUGGAAAAGAUGGAAAGAAAGAUGGCAAGAAAGAUGGAAAAAAUAAAGAUAAAGACAAGAAAGAGGAUGCUGGAAAAGACAAGACCAAAGAAAGCAAAAAGCAGAGUCAAUUUCAGGAGGUGUAUCCCCGUAAGAUGCGUGAUAAAGUUCGACAACAACAAUUGCAAAUGCAAAUGGCGCAAUAUUAUGCCUCCGAACAGCAACAAGAUGUGGUGGAACUCGAAGCGGGUCCUGUUGCACGACCUAUGCGCCGUCGCAAGACUUCCCAGAAUGAACACAGUCACGGCAGUUUUUUCCUUAGAAUCGGUGCUAUUGCGUUUGGGCUUGGGACUAUGAUUUAUAAUGGAUUGGAAUUCGGGACGUUCUUUGAGUUGCCACUUGAGUCCCCGUGCUAUCUAAUUUUGAAAGGUGUAAACCCGGUUCUACAAAUGGUUUUUACAUUUAUGCAAAUGUAUUUUAUUUUCAUGAAUUCCCGAUUAAACAUACAUCGAUUUAAAGUUAUCGCCCGUUUUGGUUUGAUGCAUGUUGUUGCUACCAAUAUUUGCGUAUGGAUACGGACACUGGUGCUAGAAUCCUUAAAAGAAAUCACUGAUUAUCAUGUGAGAAAUCCUCAAGGUGUUCCUGGAGAAGGCGUACUUGGAAAAGUUAUCCGAAAACAUACCUUAAGGCAUUCAGGAAAAGUAUUUGGGGCUGUUGCAACUGCCACAACAACAAUAGCUAAUACAGCUGCUACAAUUGCCAAAUCAACUGGAGAUCAAAUAUUGAAUGCAAUAUCAUCGACAGCUGUGCCUACAACUACUCCAACGACUACGACUACUUCCUCGCCAUAUCAUAAUAUCGGUGGUGGUUACGUUACUAAAUCUAAAGUAAUCGACUCUAUAAAGGCUACUUUAGGGUAUGACAAUGGAGUACCCUACGAUCGGAAUUUCAAAAGUGCAUGGCCAAAUGAUAACCCAUUCACAACUACCUCCACUAUAUCACCAAUCACAGUCGAAGCCGACAAAGUAACACCAACACAAACAGCAAUGUUGGAAGUAUUCCAAUGGCUGUAUUCAUCGACUAUGAAACCGAUUAUAAGCACAAUGUCCACUUUGGUGGCAUCCACUACUUCUGGAUCACUGCCCGAAAGAGAUGAAUGGGGCAAUAAUAUCGGAACAUAUCGUGUAGAUGAACCACCGCAUUCGCCAGUAAACAACUCGACAGAGAUUUUUGAAUCUUAUGACUCUCUUAACCCUGCUGCAUUGAUUGCCAACAUUGAUAACACUACAGUUUGUGGAAGAAAUCCGAUAAUGGGCACAAUAGUUUCGGAUUCAGCUCCAUAUCUCUAUCCAUUUAUAAUUGAAUAUUCGUUAAUUGGAGCGGCUGUAAUAUACGUUAUGUGGAAGCACAUCGGUAGAUAUCCCAGCGUGGCCAACGAUGAAGAUCUGGAAAGACGUCUGGAGGCUGUUCUGUCCCGCAGGGCAGCGGCGUUGGCGGCGGCUCAGCGCGGCAAUCGAGUUGACUGCGCUGGUGCUUCGAAGGGACUCUUCUGCGGACUUCUUCUCCUCGUCGCUUCUCUCAUCUGCUUGAUCCUGUUCUUCGUCCUGAUAAGACAUCAAGAACUGAAACGCCUAUCUAUUUACUUGGCUGAUGUUUCUCAUUGUGCUCUGAUGGUGCUGUCCAUUUUGGCUAUACUGAUCGGAUUUAUUCGUGGUAGAAAACUGAAAUGGAGCUCAAACCCUUCCUCCUGUACCGAACCUCUUCGCAGGGUGCAAUCGUUGAAGUUCCGCUCAGAAGAACAGUCAGAUCUAAAUGAUAUACUGCUACGUGUCUCUGCAUUUGGACUCUUCGUGUAUGCUGUGUUCAGCGUGAUCGCUGGUGGAAUGGGAGCUUUUACUCAUGAACCCAAUCUCUUAGUCAUGAUUACUGGAUGCUUGAGUGUUUUUCAGGUUGUACUGCAGCUAUUAUUUAUUGCGGAUGUAUCCCGUCGUCGCGUCCAUCUUCCAGAACAGGAACGCAGCAAGCCUGCUCGCCAAGCGGUUACCUUUUUGCUGAUUUGCAACGUCACCAUGUGGCUGAUUUAUACGUUUGAAGCUCAAAAAGUCCUCGCCAAUCCGGUUCAACUAGAUUUCUACGGGUUUGUCGCUUGGUCUCUCGUCCAACGCUUCACUCUCCCGCUUUGCAUCUUCCAUCGUUUCCACUCAGCUGUCACCCUCGCUGAGAUUUGGAAAACCAGCUACAAAGCGCGCUUGGAGUGAAUUACGUCGACUACUGCGGGGUAAAAAUUGAUUUCGUCCUGGUCCGGGACAGCAAUUUAAAAUUAGGAUGGAUAUUUUGCUGCCAGUUUCAUAUUUACGAUAGUUGAUUUUCCAUUAAUAGUUCGUAGGUAAUAGUAGGAGGCUAUAAAAAUAAUGUUUGAUAUAUUUUACGAUAAAUCGAACUUAUCCAUAAUUGCUCUCCCGGAAAGAGUCGUAGGCGACAACAGAACAAGGCGAAUAAUAUGAACCUAGCAAUCGAAUAUUAAUCGAGGUCAUUUGAAUGUAUUUUGGAUUUUGUUUUUGUUUUAUAUCACAUUCCACAAUACAAUAGUUUUGCAUUACACUUAGUUAUUUUGAAGACUGAAUGAGCAGAUCGACAUGGAACUUACCUAAAUACGUAUUACCUAAUUGCUCACGGUGAAACAUAUUAUAUUUAAACAAAAUUUUAUAAUCUCCAGUUGUGAAAAGAUCCCUCCUUUUUUAGACAUAAUUUGAGUGCCAUGGUUAUAGAAUUUAAGAACUUUUAAAAAAAUUGACAAUAUUUUACAAUUUUGUUUACACGACAGUUAGGUUCACGAACACAACACGCAAGCAAUAGACUACCUUUGAAGCCUUAAUUUAAUAUCGUCUUUAGUGUAGAAUAAAUAAUUUCCACAACUAUAAAGAGUUUCCGUAUUUGAGAAGCGUAGGAUAUUUUUAAAAUUAGGAUUAAUAUUGCUAUGAAAGUAUCAAAAGAUUUAUUAGAGCUACUAAUUACUUGAAAUAGUGUAGGGUAAUUAAAUACGAAUAUUAUAUAGUUGACGUGUCGAAAAUUAAUGUCUUAUUAUAAUGUACUUAAAGUUACAGAAACACCAGGUCGUAUGAUACUUAUACAAGACAUACAGAUAGCAGUAAACUGCUGGUUACGGAUGAGGAUAUUUGAUUUUAUUGCCAGGGGCCAUGAAAAGUCUUAAACAUUUAAAUCACUGUCGCACUCUUCUGCGUUGCGUGUAUUUUUAGCAUUUUUGGAAUAAAGUUUAUUAUUCUAGAUAUUAUAGGACUUUUUGGAAUGAAUGUAAGUCAGAGUUAAUAGGUGUGAACAAAAAUUUAGCUCCUAAUUUCUUACCAGAUGGUUUCUCUGUAAUGUUUGGUGUUUUAUAACUAUGUCUACCUACUUUUGAUUCACUUUUGUUAAAAUCUCACUGCAAAUAUUUUCGUAACGAAUUUUACGUGCAAUCUAUUUUUAUAGGCUGACUUAUUUUACAUGAAAGGUGAAUACUUGUGUGUAUCAACGCGUUAAGCGUAAUAUCAGUUCUACUUUACAGAUUUUGUAUAAAUAGGUCAUAUGAAAUUAUUUAUAAUAUAUUUAUUAAUUUUGUAAUUAACUUUAAGGUUUAAUCGUAUCUGAUUGCUCUGGAAUCAGAGAGUGAAGUGUGCUCACUUUGUGAGGUUUUGAGUGAAUGUAGUGCGGAAUUUUUGACUGUGUAUGAUUAAUAUUAUUGUAUUGUUGAAAUUUCGUCAUUUAACAAAAUUGAAUAAAGGCAUGUUCACACAUAUUACUGAAAUCACGGUUCCGGCACAGUGCCACCAAAUUAUUGUUUCAAAUAAUAUUAUUAUGGUGUCCAUACCAUUUCCACAUUCGUCAGUGAGCCUCUGCUUUGAGUGCUUCAAUGUAAGCCUGAGAUCUAUAGAGCACACUUUGAUUUUGCUCAGACUUAGACACUGUUAAAACAAGACAGCGCUAUACCGCUGGCAUAAUUCUGUCUCGUUUUAACUGAAACUUAAGUCUAAGCAAAGUCAAAGUGCGCUCUUUAGAUUUCAACCUUAGGGCCGGCGCCGACAAGCACAGAUUAAUUUGGCGACGACGAUAUUUUUUAUCGUAUCACUAACGCCGCCAAAGCGUCACACUUCUAGUCUGAAGAUCCGCAAAACUACUAAGAAAUCACCGACAUUGAAGGUACGGUGUCGUCGCUGUAGUAGGUACCUACAGCUACUGAUAUGUAAUUGUGGAUAUAGUGCCGGAAUAGGGAACUGUGAGCUCACUGUUAUGUGUGAAUAGGCCUUAAUUGUUUGGUGAUCUCUACAGUCUUUGGGUAUUAAGGUACAUUUUUAAAGUGCAUGAUAAAUGUAAAUUUAAAAAAUAGACAGAAUGUCUUGCAGAGACAAGAGCUGUAAAUAAGCAAGGGUUGCCACGCGACGUCGUGAGUCAUCUUGCAGCCUUUGUGGGAAUUAGCAAUCUGAUUUAUAUAAUGCGCUUCUGAAACCGUACCUUUAUAGUAACAAAUUGAACAUUAGUUUCAGUGUUCGGCGGUAUUCAGAUCAGAAUGUAUGUUUGGCUUGUUCAAUCACUGCCGUAUUUAAAACCACUUUUAAUUGUAAGUCUUUGAUAAAUCUAUACUAUUUCUAACUUGUUCAAUUUUGUAGUGAUAUUUACUGUGUACCUAAAUGUUUGGAACAAAGUGUACCGAUGUUUGUAUCUUUAGGUUUAAACAUUAUUAUGUGGAUACUCAGUCAGUGUUAUAGAUACUUACCAAAAAUUAAAAUUUGGAAACUCUACAUACUUUAAAUAUAUAAUUAAUAUAAAUGUCUAUUUGAGUAAAUUAAAUAUCUAAUACUUAUGUGA